AUGGUAGCUCUGAUUUGUGGCGCUGGCCUCGAGGCAAAGGAUCAAAGGUCAAAAGAUGGGCCCCACCUCACACUUCCGUCCGCCACCAUCCAUGAACGCUUCCAACUUCCAUGUCCCCUUCUCACGCAAUUCAUCACUAAUAUCCGAGUUUAUUUCCUCGACCCGGAUCAGCCGCACCGUCAUGAGACCAACAGUGGAUCCCAAAGUCCUACAUGGACUCGCCUACUGGAUACAAUCAUCCGCGGACUCGGGGCAUCCACCACCUCUCUCCUCGGUCACGGCGUGGCGAUUGGGAGAAAACGUGCCUGGAGGGAUCCAGUAAUUUCUUAA